GAUCGCUGGCACUGCUCAGUUUGCGUCUCGAGAGAAAACACAGAGGAGCUGUCGAUUUACUGCUGACAACAAAUCCCUGGCAGGGAGGAGAGUUUAAAUAUUCCGAGGAUGGCUUUUGGGGACGACCUGCGGUGCCCACAGGCUCAUGCAGCAGUCAUGCGGCUGCUGGACUCAGAGCUUCACCUGAUGGAGGUCAUGAAGAAGUGGAUGGGUCAGCGGGCCAAGAGCGAGCGGGAGUUCUCCGUGCAGCUGCACCACAUGGCUGCCAUGGUGGAGAAGCUGGAGCGACCUCAGCUCGGCGCAGGGCAGGACCACAUCAGCCAGCUCAACAAGUCGUGGGAUGUGCUGGUCGCUCAGACGGACGCUCUCAGUCAGGUGAUGAAGAAGCGCUCGGAGGAUCUGCUGGACGGUCCCAUCAGCAAACUGACGCUGCUCAUCAGAGACAAACAGCAGCUCCGCAAAACCUACGCAGAGCAGUGGAAUCUACUGAGGCAGGAGCUCAGCAAGGUGACCCACACGGAGCUGGAGCGAAUGAGGAGCAGCUACAGACAGGCAGUGAGAGAGGCAGCUCAGGCAAAGAGGAAGCACCAGGAGGCCUUUAAAGAUAAAGAGCGAGACAAGGCUAAGGAGCGUUAUGUCAAAGCUCUGCUGAGGCUUCACGAGCAACACAACGAGUACGUCCUGUGUGUGCGAGCUGCUCAGGUUUACCAUCAGCACCACUACAGUCAGAUCCAGCCCGCCCUGCUCAGCGCACUGCAGUCCCUGGAGCAGGAGAUGGUGCUCAUAGUGAAGGAGAUCCUGCAGGAGUAUUUUGAGAUCUCCACUCUCCUCCAUCAUGAGGUGGUGAGGAUCCACAGGGAGAUCUCCUCUGCUCUGUCGGCCGUGGAUCCUCAGACUGAAUACGACAGCUUCAUUCAACUGAACAGGUCUGUGGGGGAGAUUCCUGCCUGUGCAGAGUUUGACUGCAGUCUUCUGGAGGACAACGAGCAGCUAAACCCCAAAGAGAUUGAGCUGAACGACCUCACGCUUGAGACCAUCCAGCACCAACUCACUGCGGUGGAAGGGGAGCUGCUGGACCUGGCUCGGACUCUGGGCUCCCAGCAGACCUCUGUUGAACAGCUGGAGCUGGAGCUGGAUGACGAGCUGGAAGGUGUCAAAAAAGGCCAGAGGGUCUACCAAUUCAGCAAGAGACAUGCGCUGGAGGGGUGUCGGCAGCAGGUCGCUCUGUCUCAGGGCAUGAGGGCCAAGCUGGAGGCUCAGAGACUUAUCCUGAAGGAGAAACUGGACCAGCUGGGCUCCAGAGAACCUCCGUCUGCGCUGAGACUGGACCCAGACAACGUUUCACUUUCAUCCAACUCAAGCAGCGAACACGGUCCAACUCCUUCCAAGCUCCUGAUGGACGGGAUCAUCACCAAUCUAAGUGGCCUUUUCAAACCAAAGUGUGAGGUGCUUCCAGUCCUCCCUCCGGUGCUGGAUGUGGAUCGUCCACUGGGGCAGCAGGACUGGUACCAUGGUGCCAUCCCCAGGCUGGAGGUCCUGGAGCUGCUGAAGACUGAUGGAGACUUCUUGGUGAGGAAGAGUCAAGAGAAACAGGGUUACGUGCUCUCUGUGCAGGGGGACGGAUCCUGCAAGCAUUUCCUAAUCCAGAACACGGAUAAUCUGUACCGUCUGGACGGACAGGGGUUCCACAGCAUCCCGCUGCUGAUCCAUCAUUUAUUGUCCUCACAACAACCCGUCACCAAGAGGGCUGACAUUGUGCUGAGGAAACCUGUACUCAAGGACAAGUGGGUUCUGGACCAUGACGAUAUUAUCUUGGGACAGCUUAUUGGACGGGGAAACUUUGGAGAAGUGUUCAGUGGUUCCUUACGCUCUGAUAAAACUCCUGUAGCAGUGAAAACCUGUAAAGAGAACCUGGCCCCGGAGCACAAGAAUAAGUUCCUGAUGGAGGCCAGGAUCCUGAAGCAGUACGAGCAUCCAAACAUUGUGAGGCUGAUAGGAGUGUGCACACAGAAACAGCCCAUCUACAUCAUCAUGGAGCUUGUUCAAGGUGGUGAUUUUCUCUCCUUCCUGCGACAGAAGAGUCAAAGUCUGACGCCUAAGAUUUUGAUCAAGAUGAUAGAGAAUGUAACGGCUGGUAUGGAGUACCUGGAGAGCAAGAAGUGCAUCCACAGGGACCUGGCAGCUAGAAACUGUCUGGUUGCUGAGCACAAUGUGGUGAAGAUCAGUGACUUUGGGAUGUCCCGUCAGCAAGAGGAUGGCGUGUACUCUGCAGAGGGCGGCCUCCGACAGAUCCCAGUCAAAUGGACGGCUCCCGAGGCCCUGAACUACGGUCGCUAUACCACGGAGAGUGACGUGUGGAGCUUCGGGGUCUUACUGUGGGAGGCUUUCUCCAUGGGAAUGUCGCCCUACACCAGCAUGAGCAACCAGCAGACACGAGAAGAAGUGGAGAGAGGAUACCGCAUGCCUGCUCCUCAUGGCUGCCCCGUUGAAAUCUCCAGGAUUAUGAGCUGCUGCUGGCAGUACGAUGCCAAACACAGACCAUCUUUCAAGAAACUCCGUGCUGAACUUACUACUAUACAGAAAAAAAUUACAUAAUUCAAGGAUGGUUGGAAGUGUUUUUGUUUUGUUUUUUCAGAAAAGGAGCUGAAAUUCAGUAAAUGGACCAGUUGGUGGCAGCAUUUUUGUUUCUUCGCCUCUUGCCCCUUUCACUUGUCUUUUCAUCCCUCCGCCUCUAAGGAACAGAGGCUUGUUUUCAACACAUACGUCUUCUUUUAGACGGCACAUACGCCUUGUGUCUCAUAACAGUUCAUUACAGAGCAGUUGAACAGUAACACCCAUUUCUGUCUGAGAGAAACCACAGGCUUGAGUUGUUGCUAUCAACACUAGUUCUGUAAGUCUGCAGCCUGUGGGAAUCCGGGACUAACACAACACCUUUUAAUGGAGAAAUUAUCAAAAAUGAAAAGACAGGCUUAUUUAAUUCUCUUUUUUACAAAGCAUUUUAACUUAACACCUCUAGAAGGAAUAUUUUUACCUCAGAAACAGGUGAUACCUAUGUGUCAUGUGACAUGUGUCACUCUUUGCAACACUGCCACAGACAAUUAUCACUGAACUUGUUACUUGGUUCAACAGUCUUCUAGCAACAACGACUUACCGGGUUCACUCUUACAGCUCUCAUCCGUUUCACUUCAGGAUGCAGCUGUCAGCUUAUUUCAUGGAGAACCAAAACACUGUUCUGCCAAGGCCAAAACAAGAGCCACCAAAUUCUCAGACCGCACAGAAAUCAGUCUGCUGAAUAUGCUCUGAUAUUUUCAUCGGGAUCCAUGCAUUGUUACCUGCUAAUCAUAUACAGCUAUUUACUGUUCUCUGGUUAAGAAAAUCAGCCUACAAUUGUGUAAUUUAAAUAAAAUAUAUAAGAUCUUU